CUUCGCGGCGACGCUCCCUAUCCAUAGCGCCCGCUCGCCCAUCAGCCCACGCGGCCACGCCGAAGCAUGGCGCUCUCCGUCUCCUCCCUCGCCGCCGCCCUCUCCCACCUCUCUCUCCCAUCGACUUCCACCUCCAAGCCCCACCCGGCCCCGCUCCUGCGCCUGCGCUCCACCUCCCGCCGCGCCGUCAGCCUCGCGCUCCGCGCCUCCGCGGCCGAGGCCGCCGAGCCGUCCGAGGCGGACCUGCCCGUGGAGGAGGUGGUGGCCGUCGAGGAGGAGGCGGAGGAGGAUGCGCUGUCGGGAAUCGCGCUGCGGAAGUAUGUGAAGCAGAGGCUGCCGGGUGGGUUCGCGGCGCAGCGGAUCACCGCCACGGGCCGCCGCAAGACGGCCAUCGCCCGCGUCGUGCUCCAGGAGGGAACCGGCAAGGUCUUCAUCAACUUCCGCGACGCUAAGGAGUAUCUGCAGGGAAAUCCAAUGUGGAUGGAGUACUGCAAAGUACCCUUGAUGACUCUAGGGUUUGAGAACAACUAUGACGUCUUUGUCAAAGUACAUGGGGGUGGUCUCUCAGGCCAGGCCCAGGCAAUUUGCCUUGGCGUAGCCCGUGCGUUGGUGAAGAUCAGCAAUGCCAACAGAGUUCCUCUGAAGUCAGAAGGUUUGCUGACAAGGGACACCCGUAUUGUUGAAAGGAAGAAGGCUGGUCUCAAGAAGGCACGCAAGCGGCCCCAGUUCUCAAAGCGUUGAGGAUGUUCACUUGCUGCAGUUGUUGUAUUGCCACUUCCACAGAGGUCCUCUUUUUUCUUUUUUCCCUGUCAACUGUUGUGCAAAUUCUGUCAUGGACGCGAUAUAUCUGUAGUAUUCUUUUCCUGAAGCAAAUUUCUUGAGGUUGGUCACCAACUCUGUUGGUCAAGUA